AUGUGGCCCAAUAUGAGUGCCGCCCCCUUUUUGCUGACUGGAUUCCCAGGCCUAGAGGCAGCUCAUCGCUGGAUCUCCAUCCCCUUCUUUGCAGUCUACAUCUUUAUGCUUCUUGGCAAUGGCACUCUCCUCCAUCUCAUUAAGGAUGAUCACAGUCUCCAUGAACCCAUGUACUAUUUCCUUGCCAUGUUGGCGGGUACAGAUCUGAUGGUGACAUUGACCACAAUGCCAACUGUAAUGGGCGUCUUAUGGGUGAAUCACUGGGAGAUGAGCCACGGGGCCUGCUUCAUGCAAGCCUACUUCAUUCACUCCCUUUCCAUUGUGGAAUCUGGUAUCCUACUUGCCAUGGCCUAUGACCGUUUCAUUGCCAUCCGCCACCCCUUGCAAUACACAUCUCUUCUCACCAAUACUCGAGUGGUAAAGCUAGGGGUGGGAGCUUUUCUGAGGGGUUUUCUAUCCAUCAUGCCUGUAAUCUUGCGUCUUUUUUCAUUUCCAUAUUGCCACUCUCAUGUUCUCUCCCAUGCUUUCUGUCUUCACCAAGAAAUAAUGAAACUGGCUUGUGCUGACAUAACUUUCAAUACACUUUACCCUGUAAUUCUUAUUUUUUUAACAAUCUUCUUAGACUCUCUGACCAUCCUUGUCUCCUAUAUCUUAAUUCUGAAGACUGUCAUGGGUAUAGCCUCUGGUGAAGAGAGAGCCAAGGCCCUUAAUACCUGCAUCUCCCACAUCAGUUGUGUCCUCAUCUUCUAUGUCACUGUGAUCAGUCUGUCAUUCAUCCACAGGUUUGGGAAGAAUGUGCCACAUAUGGUCCACAUUAUAAUGAGCUAUGUCUACUUCCUCUUUCCUCCUUUAAUGAAUCCUAUCAUUUACAGCAUCAAGACCAAGCAGAUUCAAUAUGGCAUUCUCCGUCUUUUAUCUAAACAUAGAUUUGGAAGUUAA